CUGGAUGUGAAAACAAAAUGGCGGGCUAGUCUGCAUGACUCGUAUCGUUUGGUACGGAGGCGUUGGCAGGUUGCUUUAGCUUCUCGACAUGCUGUUUCUCUUGACAUAACGCACUGGCUUUCCUUUCAUCGACGAAUUAGGCGUGACAUGUCAGUUCUAAAGAAACUUACCAAAGAAGAACAAAAUGGUGCCCAGGAAUGCCAUUUGUAUGUCGAAGUGAAAGCCAAUCAGUGGCCUGUUGUGUAUUCUUCAGAUUAUAAUAUUGGUUUCUUGGGUCUGGAGAGGCUCCAUCCAUUUGAUUCAGGAAAAUGGGGAAAAGUUUUUCAAUAUCUUAAAGAUGCAAAGAUGUUGGAUCAGACAACUGUUGUAGUACCUAGAGAAACUACUGCUGAAGAUCUGUUGGUUGUACACACUCAAAGCUACUUGGACAGCCUUAGGUGGAGUGCUCGUGUUGCUAUGAUAUGUGAGGUGCCCCCUUUGGCCCUUCUUCCCAACUUUAUUGUGCAGCGCAAGGUCCUCAAGCCUAUGAGAAUUCAGACUGGGGGAUCAAUACUGGCUGCUAAACUCGCAGUUGAAAGGGGCUGGGCAAUAAAUAUUGGUGGUGGCUUCCAUCACUGUUCUGGGUCAAGAGGAGGAGGCUUCUGCGCCUAUGCAGACAUCACAUUGGCAAUCAAGUUCCUUUUCAAGCAUGUGGAAAGUGUGACAAGAGCUAUGAUUAUUGAUCUUGAUGCCCAUCAGGGAAAUGGUCAUGAAGCAGACUUUGAUGGAGAUGAACAAGUUUACAUAAUAGAUGUGUAUAAUGCCUUUAUCUACCCUGGAGAUACCAAAGUCAAAAGUGCAAUAAAGAAAAAUAUAGAGUUAAGGCAUCACACAGAUGAUGAAACAUACCUUCCACUAUUAAGAAAACACAUUCCAGAAGCAUUGAAUGACUUUAAACCUGAUAUUAUUGCAUAUAAUGCUGGGACCGAUAUUCUUAUAGGGGACCCUCUGGGUAAUUUGGCAAUCACACCUCAGGGAAUUAUUGAAAGAGAUCAGAUUGUAUUUCAAGAGGCUCGACAGAGAGGAAUUCCAAUCUUCAUGUUAACUUCUGGAGGAUACCAGAGAAGAACAGCUAGGAUCAUUGCAGACUCCAUCCUUAACUUGCAAGAACAGGGACUCGUCAGCUGCAAUUAUUCAGAAUCUGGACCUAGAGGAAACAAAGGCAAGAGUGACAACCAAACAACAUACAACACUUUUCAGCAUCAUUUGUGACGGCAGAAAAGGAUCUUUGAAUACACUGAUGAGAAGAUAUCUGCAAGGUUCCAUGUCACAUGUAAAGCAUGAUGAUCAAACUGAAUCAAUAUUACUGUAUCAAACCUACAUCUAAGAAAGACGACAAGAUGUUGUUUUUUCAGUGUGACUCAUUUUAUGGGCUUUAGAAAAUAGCUCAAAAAAAAAAAAA